ACUGCUAAACCUGCACGCCUUUCUCUUCAAAGCUUAAGGAAAAAGGGACGCUAUCGCAAAAAUGGCGUAUUAUACCUGAAUACGUCUUUAUUUUACUUCUGGAAUGAAACCCCUAAAACUUCGUUGUUCGGGAAUCUCCGCCAGUGCACUGCGAACGAGUAACUUAAUAUAGAAUCCAGAUGUUGGAGUUUGGCAGAGGAGUCUAGCAGUUGCGUUGCUGAGUCGUCGUUUCCAGCGUGGUAAGUGUGACGGAUGAUGCCCACGAUUCACAGCACGUAUAAAAUACGCCAGCCCCGGGUUGCCAGCCGAGCACCAGAGGGAGGACGUGACGGCAUGCUCUAAGGGGGCCGGGAGGGGGAGGCCCUGUUUCUCAAAUACAGUCCUUCAGCAACAACUCGACAAAGCACAGGCAAAAUGGGAAGACGGCCUGGUGUCACGGGGCCGGACGAGGAAGGACAUGUUCGUGACUGAACACCGGGGACGGAACGCAGAUCCAAAGUGCAGAUCCAAAGAGGAGGGCUAACCAUCAUCACAGUUCCCCAGAAAGGAGAGAAUAAAUCUUGCAUGGGAAAGGAAUAGUGUGGGUUAUAUUAAAGGGGAAAUUCAAAGAGUGGUUUUCACCCAGACACCAUGAGGAGGUUCCACCUCAAAGGGGACCUUCUGUGCACCUUCCUCCUGCUGAUCCUGCUCUGCCUGCUCCUGUAUGCCCACCACGCCCUCACACCCGACUGGGACACUUGGAGACUUGAUGAAAAGGCCACCAGCUCCCGGGCACUCCUGGGGGCUGUAACCGAGAGCCAGGAGGUGAAGUUGGCCCCUACCCAGGGCCCAGAGCGGCCCACCAACCAGGCUCUCUUCCAGUUCCACUUUCAGUCCCAUUCCCAGUCCCGGUCUCAGCGCAAGCUACAACCCAGACUGCAGCCUAAGGCUCAGGCAAAACCUCAGGCAAAACUUCAGCUUAAGACCCAAGCUAAACUCCAGCCUAAAACCCAGUCUAAAACCCAGGCUAAGCCUCAGUCUAAACCUCAGGUGCAGGCUAAGCCCAAGGGUGCUCAGAAGGUCGAGCCACCGCCACCCAUGGUAACCCGUCCACCCUUUGACUUCCAGCAGUACCUGCUGGACAAAGACAACCGGGACUUCACCCUUCUAAUAGACCAGCCAUCGAAGUGCGUGGAGAAGACUGGGAAGCCCCCUUACCUGCUCAUUGCCAUCAAGUCGGUGGCAGCCGAUUUCCACAAGCGGCAGGUGGUCCGCCGCACCUGGGGCCGGGAGGGCACAUUCCAGGGCGGAGUGCAGGUGGAGACAGUCUUCCUGUUGGGCGUGCCCCACAACAAGAGCGCCCUCCCUCUGUGGGAUCGUUUGCUGGCCUAUGAGAGCCGCACCUUCCGAGACAUUCUUCUGUGGGACUUUGAGGACACUUUCUUCAACCUAACCCUGAAGGAGACCCAUUUCCUCAAAUGGGUGAACACCACCUGCCCUGAAGUCAAGUUCAUCUUCAAGGGUGACGCCGAUGUCUAUGUCAACAUCGACAAUAUCCUGGAGAUGCUGCGCGAACAGGAUGCCAACGGGGACCUCUUUGUGGGCGACAUCAUCUUCCACGCCCGGCCCAUCCGGCGUCGCAACAGCAAGUACUUUGUUCCUGAGAUUGUGUAUGGCCAGGGGAUAUACCCAUCGUAUGCGGGGGGCGGGGGGUUCGUCAUGUCAGGGUUCACGGCGCGUCGGCUCCACAGGGCCUGCCAGGAGGUGGAGAUCUUCCCCAUCGAUGACGUCUUCCUGGGAAUGUGCCUCCUGCGGAUUGGCCUGGAGCCGUCGCGCCACGAGGGCUUCCGCACGUUCGGCAUCGUCAAGCCCUCGGCCGCACCCAACCUGCAGGUCUUUGACCCCUGCUUCUACCGGGAGCUGAUGGUGGUACACAGCCUGACCGUCCCUCAGAUUUGGCUCAUGUGGAAUCUGCUGCAUGACCCCCAGUUGACCUGCCACACCCGGAUCGUCCCAACCGCAUCGCCCUUCAAGUGGAGGGGGAAGACCACAAUCCCACCCAAUGUGCAGCGCACAACACCCCCUCCCCCACAGCUAGCUGACUAUGGAGUAGAGGUGUUUGUGAAACACUGAACGCAUAGGUCUUGGAUCUCAAACUCCAUUCCUGAAGGGCUGCAGAAACUUUAUUCAGGAUUUUAUAGGUUCCUUGUAACGAGCAACUAAUUUAAGCCUUGGAAACAAAGUGUGUGGACUCUAGCCAAUCAGUGACUUAAAUUUAGACACUGCCGUGGCCAUCCAGGAUUUGAGUUUAAGAUCCCUACCAUUGGAGACAGAAAGAAUGGAGCUGAUUGAGGGCCAGCUUGUGUUACCCACAGUUUUUUUUUUUGUUGGCCGCUACUUAGAAAACUCAAAGACGCUUAAUGAGGUAGUGAAAUUAGAAGCGGAGUUCGUAGCCACAUACAGAUAGCUCUUUCUGUCAUUUCUAUGAUGUUAUUAUUUAUCACGUCCUGAAGCACACUUCAUUAAAGGCUGAAAUUUUUUUUCCGUCCUGCCUGACCACUGAAGUUGUUGGUGGUGAGCCCUUUACCUGAAUAAGGAUGAAUCUGAGAAAACAAGCUGUGAUUUAAUUAACCCCUCCGUCCCCCCAACACGGUAUAUUUUCAGAAUUCAGGACCUGACAUGCAGAUUUUCCUUAAAUCCUUUUCUUAAAUAUUUCAUUUUUGUGGAAUUAUUUUUGCUGGCAAUAAUGAUUUCUGUAGUUGGGUGGGGCAGGGGCAUUUAUUGAAACGGCAACAUUAAUACUGGUGGAGUAUAUGCACUAAUUCGAAGAUCAUCCUGCAAAACAGUAUGUGAACAACUGCGUUACUGCAAGACCUCCUGGGUGAGGCCACAAUUUUGGAGCCAUCCUCAUGCUGGGAACAUCAAAGAUGUAAUUACCAUUUUACAAGCUUCUGUGAAUUCAGCGAGUCGCUACACAAAGUGUCCAACAAUCGUUUAAUAGCUUCCUCUCUGUCAAGUCUUAAGCAUACAUUAGAAGUAUGUGGGGGAAAGGGAAAUGUGAAAAUUGGUGCACCUGUGACCGGUAGUACCCAACAAAUUCCAUUCCACUGUGAUGUGUUCAGAGACGACUCCAUGGAAGCGUUUCCAUGACACCUGGGGAACUCUGCUGUAAGGACGGAAAUCAUCAGGUUCUUACCAUUGUUGGCUUCUCACACCUAAGGAUUCGUUUUUAAAAUGAGCAACACUGUAGAAGACAAUCACCAAGGAAUGAAGAACUGCUGGAUUUUCACCUUAAAAAGCCUAACUGGUGUGCGUUCAACUUUUUUCGUUUAUCAAAAGAAAUCUGCUGUUAGAAUUGAAAAAACUAAACAAGGAACAUGUAAUUGAUUUUUCUACACCACCUACUGUAGGUUGAUUCCAUUACUAUCAGACACAAUCAAUGGACAAAAAGAAAAGAGUGAACACUGAAAUUUUUCAUGAUGGAAACAGUGUGCAUGCGUUUCUUAGACAACUCUUAGAAAAAGAAAAAAAAUCAAUGCAAAUGUUUCAUGGUUUGGUUGUUUCUUUACAUAUUUAAUAUAAUUCAUUAUUAUACAGUGAUGUAAAAAACUAUUUGCCCCCACUCUGAUUUCCUCUAUUAUUGCAUAUUUGUCACAAUGGUUUCAGAUAUUUAGACGAAGUCAACCUGAGUAAACGCAAAACAUUUUAAAAAUUAUUCUUUAAUUUAAUUUUUAAAAAGUUAUCAAACACCCAUAUCACUCGUGAAAAAGUAAUUUCCCCCUCAAACUGAUUGCAUUACCUUUAGCAGAAAUAACUGCAACCAAACACUUCCUAUAAUUUGAUAUCAGUCUUGUACAUUGCUGAGGUGGAAUUUUAGCCCACUUCUUUUGCAGAACUGCUUUAAUUCAGACAAAUCGGUAGGUUUUUGAGCAUUAACUUUUCUGAAUUGUUUCUGGUCCUGCCACAGCAUCUCUGUUGGGUUCAAGACAGAUUUUGACAAGGACACUCCGAAACUUGAAUUUAGUUUCUUUUCAGCUAUUCACACAUUCAGAUGUGGACUUGCUUCUGAGUUUUGGGUCAUUGUCUUGCUGCAUAACCCAUUAGACUUCAGCUUCAGCUCAUGGAUAGAUGACCGGACAUUCUCUUUUAGGAUUUUCUGGUACAGAAAAUAAUUCACAGUUCCUUCAAUGAUGACAAGUCGUCCAUGUCCCAAGGAAGCAAAUUAUUUCCACACCGGAUGAGUUAUUCCUGCGCUCUUGGAAAUUUUUUUUGGGAGGCUGGCCGCUCCUGGAAAGAUUCAUCGCUCAAGUGUUCUCCUUGUGGAGAUAAUGGCCAUCACGGUGGUUUUGUGGCAUCCCAGAGCCUCAGGAACGGCUUUGUAACCCAUUCCAGACUAAUGUAUUUCAAUAACUUUCAUCUCUUCUAGAAUUACCUUUAAUCGUGGGAUAGUGUGCUUGUAGAAACCUUGUAGUGACUACCUCACUCUGAUGGUGAGUGAAGUUUAGAUUCAACAGGGCUGGUAGCAAUCAAGCCUGGCUGUAUUCAAUCAGCUAAAUUUAAUUAUCAAUUAAAUUUGUUUAAUUGGUUGAUUAAAUAACUAAGGGGUAAAUACUUUUUCACAUGGGUGAUAUGGGUAUUUGAUAACUUUUUUCAUUAAAUAAAUGAAAUUUAAAAAUGUUUUGUUUACUCUUUGUCUAAUAUUACAUUUUGUCAUGAAGAUCUGAAUACAUUCAGUGUGACAAAUAUGCAUGAAUAAAGGAAAUCAGGAAGGGGGCAAAUACUUUUUCAUGGCACUGUAUUUAUUAUAUUUAUCAUUAUUACCACAAUUUUCUUCACAUAUCAACAGGGUUCCUGGGAUAUGAAAUGAGAGGACUCCAUAGCAUGUAUAGUACUGGUACUUAACGCAAAUGCCAAAUACUAUUUCCAUAAUCACCAUUGUGAAUUUCUCGCAAGUCGGGAUAUUCCUUAGCCCAGGGGGGCGAGUCGCGACAUCCGUGUCAUGAGGCAGCCAAUGGCACGUCCCUGGGAUUAACUCCAGCUGUGUUUAUUGCUUUUGGACAUGCCUUUUGUUGAAUUCAACCUUCCCCCAACCUCCCCUCCCUCCCCCAAUCACACACGCAAAAAGAAACAAAUAAAACCAAAAAGUUACUUACACGACAGCCUCAGUGGUCCCAGUAAACACAAGUCAACAUUAUCCAAAAUACGAGACACAGCAUGGCACUAAAUUUGAUUGACAAUUUUU